AAAAGAUAGAUGUUUAUGGAUCACAAGGGGAAAGGGGAAAGUGGCUUUUUCUUCAAUGAUCACAUUGUGCUUAUAUUGUUUAAAUUAUGAAAAAAGGGUUUUAUAAUUUGUUAAAGCUCUUCAAGGUGCUGAUAUAACAUGAAAUGUACGAAGCAAGUGAUUUAAAAUAGCUUUACAUAACCUUUCUUGGAAGAAUGAUUCAUAAGCAAGUGGACUGUUGUAAUCAGAAGAAUGAAGAGGUACCGAAAAAGGUUGUGGCAUUAAAAAGUCAAUCAAACUGAAGUGAGAAGCAUCAUGUCUGUUUCAAUGCGAGAUUUGGAUCCAGCCUUUCAAGGAGUCGGACAGAAAGCAGGAAUUGAGUUAUGGCGCAUUGAAAAUUUUAAGCCAGUUCCUGUCCCGCAAUCUUCCUAUGGUAAAUUUUAUACAGGGGACUCCUAUGUUAUUUUGAAGACGAAUGCUUUGAAGAGUGGUGUCUUACGUCAUGACAUCCAUUAUUGGCUUGGUAACGAUACAAGCCAGGACGAAGCUGGCGCUGCAGCCAUAAAGACAAUUGAACUUGAUGCAGCUCUUGGAGGGCGUGCUGUUCAGUAUCGUGAAGUACAAGGACACGAAACAGAGAGAUUUCUUUCUUACUUUAAACCAUGUAUUAUACCUCAAAGUGGUGGUGUUGCAUCUGGUUUGAAUCAUGCAAAACCUGUAGAACACAAGACCCGCAUGUUCGUUUGCCUAGGAAAAUAUGUGGUUCAUGUAAAAGAGGUUCCUUUUGCUCGAUCCUCACUCAAUCAUGAUGACAUCUUUAUCUUGGAUACUGCACACAAGAUAUUCCAGUUUAACGGGUCGAAUUCAUCCAUUCAAGAAAGGGCUAAAGCACUUGAAGUCUUACAGUAUAUAAGAGAUACUUAUCAUGAUGGGAAGUGUGACAUAGCUACUAUUGAGGAUGGAAGGCUGAUGUCUGAUGCGGAAAGCGGAGAAUUUUGGGGCUUUUUUGGUGGCUUUGCACCACUUCCUAGGAAAACACAGACAAAUGGUGUUUUAAGUACCAAUACACUUCCUACUAAGCUAUAUUGUGUUGUGAAGGGUCAGGCAGAACUAGUUGAUGCUGAACCCUUGACAAGGGGGUUGCUAGACACAAAUACGUGCUAUAUACUCGAUUGUGGGGUAGAAAUUUAUGUAUGGUUGGGGAGAAGUACUUCUCUUAAUGAAAGGAAGGCUGCAAGUGGAGCCACAGAAGAAUACGUACGUAGUCAGGAUAGACAAAAAUCUCAUAUAAUUUGUGUGAUUGAAAAUUUUGAGACUGUUGCAUUCCGGUCCAAGUUUGACUCAUGGCCUCAGUCAACUGCUGUCACAGUCUCAGAGGAUGGUAGAGGCAAGGUUGCUGCACUUCUAAAACGCCAAGGGGUCAAUGUGAAGGGUCUACUAAAAGCUGCUCCAACUAAGGAGGAACCUAAACCCUAUAUCGACUGCAGUGGGAAUUUGCAGGUUUGGCGUGUGAAUGGUCAACAAAAGAUUCUUCUUCCAGUCUCUGAUCAGUCAAAAUUUUACACUGGAGAUUGCUAUAUAUAUCAGUAUACGUAUUCUGGAGAAGAUCAAGAGGAAUGCCUUAUUGGGACUUGGUUUGGAAAGCAGAGUAUCGAGGAAGACAGAAUAUCAGCUACCUCACAGGCGAACAAGAUAGUAGAGUCCCAAAAGUUUUUGGCUGCACAGUUGCGAGUUUAUGAAGGAAGGGAACCUAUGUUGUUCUUUGCUAUCUUCCAGAGCUUUAUGGUUCUAAAGGGUGGUCUUAGUGAUGGAUACAAGAAAUGCAUAUUAGAGAGCGAACUUCCUAACGGAACUGGCAUAGGGGAAGAAGUUGCACUAUUCAGAGUUCAAGGCUCCGGACCAGAAAACAUGCAAGCGAUCCAACUUGAACCGGUGGCUUCUUCUUUGAAUUCCUCCUACUGUUACAUAUUACACAGUGGUUCUUCUGUCUUCACAUGGAUUGGGAACCUCACAACUCCUGAGGAACAGGAACUUGUCGAGAGGCAACUUGAUGUCAUAAAGCCAGAGAUGCAGUCCAGACUGCAGAAAGAAGGCUCAGAAUCUGUAGAGUUUUGGAAAAUGUUAGGUGGAAAAUCUGAAUACCCAAGUCAGAAAACAACAACGGCUACGGAAAGCGAUCCACAUUUGUUCUCAUGCACAUUUUCAAAAGGAGAACUUAAGGUGACUGAGAUAUACAACUUCAACCAGGAUGAUUUGAUGACUGAAGAUAUAUAUAUUCUCGACUGUCACUCCAGCAUCUUUGUUUGGGUAGGCCAACAGGUUGAUCCCAAGACCAGAACUCAAGCUCUAGUUAUCGCGGAGAAAUUUCUGGAACGUGAUUUUCUUCUUGAGAAACUACCACUUCAAACUCCACUAUAUAUCAUAAUGGAAGCAAGUGAACCGCAAUUCUUCACACGCUUCUUUACAUGGGAUUCGACCAAAUCAGCUAUGCAUGGAAACUCAUUCCAGAGGAAGCUAUCAAUACUGAAAAAUGGAGGUCGUCCAACAUCCAACAAUAAGCCAAAACGAAGAACACCUGUCUCAAACGGAGGUCGAUCUGGAGCAGUGGAACAACCACAACGUUCAAGGAGUGUAACGUUUAGUCCUGAACGAGUGCGUGUAAGAGGCAGAUCUCCAGCCUUUGUUGCUCUUGCUUCCACAUUUGAGAACCCAACCGUAAGACAUCUGUCAACGCCUCCACCACUUGAAACCAAGAUCUAUCCAAAAUCCAACGGCUCAGAUUCCUCUAAACCAGCUUCAAGGUCAACAGCCAUUGCGUCACUCACUGCCACCUUUGAACAACCUCCACGUGCAAAGUUUAUACCCCGUUCUAUAAAAGUGACGUCUGAGCCACCAACAAAGACCGAAACGAUAUCCAAUGGGGAUUUAAAAAGCAGUAGAAUAGAGACACCAACCAUACAAAAAGAUGCGAAAGAUGUUGAAACCGAAGAUGAAGAGGGGCUUACAUUAUACCCAUAUGAACGCCUUACUGUAUCAUCCACCGACCCUGCUCCUGAUAUUAAUAUCUUCAAGCGCGAGACAUAUCUGUCGUCAGCUGAGUUCAGAGCAAAAUUUGGAAUGGCUAAGAAUGCUUUCUACAAGCUGCCAAAAUGGAAACAGAAUAAGCUGAAAAUGGUGCUUCAUUUGUUUUGAGAUAACCGUAAAUUCGUUAAUAUUUGAAUCGGUCUUCUCAGAAGCUUGAGCUGAAGAUGAAGAAACAUGUGCCUGCAAAUUUCGUAGGCGGGUCUGUUUUUCAUUCUUUUAGUGUGAUACGCAUCAGUGCAUACACGUUUGUUUUCCGGUUGAUACAAGACUUUUAAAGCAAAUCGCAUUCAGUUAUGUAAAUGUAUAUUUGUAUUUCUCAUUCUUUACACUCUCAGGUUUGUUAAAAGCUUGUUUUUUUUUGGUCAUUCCAUCAUAUAGUUGUUGGUUUCAUCAGAGACCACAUUCAUUGUUGCAUUUAUGAAUGCACACAUUGUUUAGAUUGUAUUGUAUAUUGUGGAUAGAAAUGUGUAAGCGCGAGUGUAGAGACCAAUGAAAUGUCUAUAAUGAAGUGUGAUUACUUUUAACCA